GCCAGUUGGGCGCAUCCGCAUCGCCAGAUUUUUCGCAAUUUUUCUCGAAUUUUUAGUUUUCCUCAUAUAUGUCCAAGAUCUCUGUGUGAGCGGCAUGAUAUGAGUUUUACGAUACAGUGAAAAUUAAUCAGGCUAUCUUACGCUUUAUUUCCGCUAGACUUCUACAAAGUGCGUACUUAUCGUAGUCAAACGGUUCACCGUUCCUUUUCGAGGUUUCUUACCACUACACGACCUAACCUCGCGCGAUUUGUUGCCUCGCCCUUUACGUUUACUCCUUGCUUUACCUUUUGCAGAUCUUGCAAGUGAGAAAGCUAAAGGAAAGUUUCUUGCAAUUUAACUAGGUAAACUUGAUAGUGGAGAAAGGGAAGCGAAGUAUAAUUGAGUGAGUAUUAACAAAGAGUGACUGGGCGAAAUUCGAAGGCAGAAUGGCCGGCGCGAUGUUGUUCGAGCGGGCGCAAGCGGUGUCGAUGACUAAUAGGUCUGAGGGUAUAAACCUUUUGCACGAAAUCGUCUCGGAUCCAAGGAUUGGUAACAACGAAGAUGACGAGGAGAGCAUUCGUAUCAAGGAACAAGGUAUCCUGCAACUUGGCGAGCUUUACAAGAAAGAGGGCAAGGCCAAGGAACUUGCCGAGCUCAUUAAGGCAACCAGACCCUUCCUCAGUCUCAUCAGCAAAGCCAAAGCAGCCAAACUCGUGAGGUCUCUUGUCGACUUCUUCCUCGACCUCGAAGCUGGCACUGGCAUUGAGGUACAAUUGUGCAAAGAAUGUAUAGAAUGGGCAAAAGAAGAGCGCCGUACUUUUUUGCGACAAAGUCUAGAAGCAAGACUAAUUGCUUUAUACUUUGAUACCAACAUGUACUCUGAAGCAUUACAAUUAGGCUCUGCACUCCUAAAAGAGUUGAAAAAAUUAGACGAUAAACAAUUGUUAGUAGAAGUGCAAUUACUUGAGAGUAAGACUUAUCAUGCUUUGAGUAAUCUUGCUAAAGCGAGAGCUGCUCUUACAAGUGCUAGAACUACAGCAAACGCUAUUUACUGUCCACCCAAGAUGCAAGCUGCACUAGAUCUUAUGUCAGGUAUUCUUCAUGCUGCUGAUGAACGAGAUUUCAAGACUGCAUAUUCCUACUUUUAUGAAGCUUUUGAAGGAUACGAUAGUGUUGAACAUCCUAAAUCAUUGACAGCACUGAAAUAUAUGUUACUCUCUAAAAUUAUGCUACGCUCCCCCGAGGAUGUGCAAACGAUCAUGUCAGGAAAGCUUGCAGUCAAAUAUGCAGGACGAGAUUUAGAUGCGAUGAAAUCUGUAGCUGAAGCAAGUCAUCGUCGUUCUCUUGCCGAUUUCGAAACUGCUUUGGAUCAAUAUCGUCAAGAACUAAAAGAUGACGUUAUUGUACGUGCUCAUCUUGAUUCCUUAUACGACACGAUGUUAGAACAGAAUCUUUGUAGGAUUGUCGAGCCUUACUCUCGCGUACAGGUGAGCUACAUAGCAUCGUGCAUAUCUCUGUCAAUUUCCCAAGUGGAGAAAAAGUUAUCGCAAAUGAUUCUUGAUAAAAAGCUGCGAGGUGUGUUAGAUCAGGGUGAUGGUGUGCUGAUAGUCUUUGAAGAAACGCCGAGGGACAAGACCUAUGAACUUGCAUUGGAAACUGUACACAGUAUGGGCAAGGUUGUUGACACGCUGUAUCAGAAGGCAAAGAAGCUUACGUAGCCUUAUUCAACUGAAAUUUGUACAAUUAACAAGCUAUUAUAAUUACUAUGAUUACUAUUAACUACUAGCUCCUUAUUAAAUACCGUACAUGAAUUGCACUCUUUUCUCGUUUAAUAUUGGUGAAGUUUGCAAUUUCUUUUCACCCAUUUCAACGGUUUGCCAGUUUCUGUACUUAAUCGUUGGAUAAACAGUCAUAUAUGAAAAAUUUCUAUGGAAAAUGCUCAGAAAAUCUUGUAGGGAAAAUCAUUGUUUUUUAAUAUAUUUUUCACUUCAUAAAAUUCGAUAAAUAAUAAUUAAAAUAAACAGUCGAUCAAAUCGAAAUAGUUAAUUUGAAUCAAUUAUCACAAACCAAUCAAAUUACAUACAAAUACUUUACAUUAACAAAAGCACUUUGAAGUUCAACUAAAAAAUGUUUCAUUUCAAGUUUGUUUUUAACUUUUUGUGUUCAUUUCAAUGACCUUUUUUCAAUUUAAAUCAAGCGUUUAAAACUAUACAUAAUUAUGCAUUAUGCAAUAUAAAGAACUUUGUAUAAUUAGCUUGGUUAAUCGUAAAUGGUCAUUUUGUUUAUGAAAAUUGAUAAGUCUUUUAUAAAUUAAGUAGAAAAACAAUAAAAUUAUAAACAAAAAAAUGUAAUAAAAAAAGAUG